AGCGGCUGUGUGCAGGUGCUGCAGCAGGUGAUCCGGAGCUGCAGCUAACCAGACUCCUACAGUCCUGUUCCCCCAGCUCACUGACUCAUCUAUUGAUCUAUUGAUUGAUCUAUUGAUUGAUUGAUGGGCACCACAAUGGCGCCGCUGUCCAUCCAGUCUGGAGUGAAAUACGCCAAAACUCUGCUGCCGGACACUCUGAUGAGGUCCGUAUCAACAGUCCAGACCACCAUCUCUCGUCACAUCCUGUCCUCAGAUCAGCCUCGCUGUCUGAAGGUCUGCACCAGCAGCCGGAGGAGGCGGCGAGCUCUGGAGGCGUCAUCACUGGACGAGCUGCUGCAGCAGGCGGCGAAGGUGUUCAUGCUGUCCUGCCACUUCCUGACUCUGGUCCUGGAGGAGGACGGGACCGUGGUGGACUCUGAGGAGUUCUUCCAGUCUCUGCCCUGCAACACGGCGCUGAUGGUGCUGGAGAAGGGAGAGAUGUGGACACAGAACAAGAUGUUCCCGAGCUUCCGUCAGCCGAAGAAGAACGGAAUCGCUAAACUGACCUUUGACCUCUACAAGCUGCACCCUAAAGACUUCCUGUGCUGCCUCGCCAUCAAGGCCACGCUGUAUGAGAUGUACUCGCUGUCCUACGACUUCAGGUUCACCAGGAUAAAACACAUCCUCAGGUCGGUGCUGCGCUGCUUCACCUUCGUCACCAGACUGAGCGGUCAGCUGCUGCUCUACACGUCUUCAUCGCUGCUGCAGUUCAGCGAAGACGACGACUGUUAGUGUGACGACGUCUUCCUCCUGUUCAGCCUGUUUUAUUCUCCGGAGUGUUUGUAGUUUGGCUGUCUGGUGAGAAGUGAGUGUUUCUGCUGUGACGUCUGUUUUCUCAUCUUAAAGCUGAGGAUUCAUUUUAACGCAAAAAUAAAAAGUUUAGUUCUGAUUAAUUUAAUUCUGACUGUAAAUCAAAUAAAUUAAUAAAGACGAGUUUUAACCCGA